CACGGGCUUUUUUGGGGGUUGUGCGAGCACAAUACGCACAGUAGUCUGCACCAGCAGAGAGUCAUCGCAUGAAUAGCGGACGAGUGGGAGCCAGCGACAGCGGCUUACAUUGAGCGCAGCCAAGGAAACCUGGAAAAAACGCUCCCCCAAAUCCCCGAGUCGGAGCGGGGGAGAAAAGGCGAGGAGACGCGCAAACAAAAGCAUUCCUGGCUUUCAGCAAAAAAACAAUAACAUCGGGACAAAAUCAUUUACUUCAAAUACGAGCCCGAGGAGAUACGCGUAGCGAAUUGAAUAGCGGCGUGCCUCGCCGCAUCGUCAAGUGGCUCAUUUACACAAAAAUUUGAUCUGACCACCACGGACUGAAUGCGACACUGAACUGAGUUUUAUGCUGUGGGGAAAAGAAACAAGAAAGGAAGAAAAAUGCGUGUAAUCUGCGUGGUUAUUUUUCUUGGAGCUCUUCAUCACCAGACCCACGGUCAGGAUGCCACAACUAUGAAGGCCACACCUACAACAGCAACAACCGUAAAGCUGGACACACCCCCCCCAUCUGCCACCAUUAAACCUGAAUCUCCACAAACCACUGGAAAACCCUCAGCAGAUCUCACAAGCUUAACACCCAGCUCUACUGUCUCCAUCAGCACGAAGGCAGCAGCAACAGGCAAAACAGAGGCGGGGCCUAAACCUGCAACCUCCACCAGCACCCUCAAAUCCACGGCCACCACAGCAACCACUAAGGACAGUGCAACCACGCAAUCCCCCACAACAACACACCCACAGGAGGUUCCCACACAGUCUCCUAGUGCUGCUGUCACCUCCAGCACUGUGAAACCUGCAGUAGAUACCACCACUUCCAGUCCUUUGAAACCCACAACCAAGCCACCAUUGGUGUUGGCAUCUGCACCCUCCACAGACACCAACAAGCCCAUCCUUAACACUACCCAGAGUUCCACAGAAGCAGUACCAAUCACAUCCACUGCCCACGUUGUGACAUCAUUCCUGACCACACCCCUGUCCAGCGGGGACCAUGUCAGCAGCACCACCACCAACACACCCACCGAAAAAACCUUCUUAUAUGAUUUUGCGGACAGCGCAGCGGAGAGAGACACGGGGAACGACAUCUAUCACCAGAUGUGCAAGAAGCUGGUGGAAGGCUUGCAGGUGGAAAACUGCACCCUCACGGUCAUCACUGGCGGCAGGGACCCGGUCUUCAAGAGCGCUGUGAUCCAAGUUAAACCCACUUUCCUGAACGAAAUAUACAAAAAUCAGACCAAGAAACCAGCAAAUAACGCCUCCCUCAUCACCAUCCUCUGCUGUUGCAUCGCCCUGUUGGUCAUAAUCUCUGGUGUCAUCUUUUAUGCCAUAUAUCAUUGCAGAUCCCGCAGGAAGGACCAGCAGCACCUGACGGAGGAGCUGCAGACAGUGGAGAACGGUUACCACGACAACCCCACGCUGGAGGUGAUGGAGGUGCACCCGGAGAUGCAGGAGAAGAAGGCGGGGCUGAACGGGGACUGCAACGACAGCUGGAUCGUCCCCAUCGACAACCUGGCCAAGGAGGACCUGCCGGACGAGGAGGAUACACAUCUGUAAGGCCAAGAUGACCGAUGCUCCCCCCGCCCCCCGCCCGGCUCCUCCCCUCUGCCCUGUCACCACGGAAACUACUCACGCAAAAACCA